AAUGAACCACUCUUACCUAUUCUCCGUUGCCUUUUCUGCUCUCUCUUUAUUUUCCAGCUUUCAUUGUGCAUUCCGUUUGGUUCUCGAGAAUCAAACGUUUGAUUUCCCUUUCUUUUCUUUUCUUUUCUUUUUUCCCCUCUGUUUUUCCAGCAGUUAAACGGAUAAUGAUUUUGCAUCAAUCGUUCCUAGUAAUCCAUGUUAUACGUUUGGACUGUUGUUUGUUAUUUUCAGUUCUGGGCUACCUGAAAUUGGAAUAUUCUGUCUGACUUUGGCACGUCUACAAUCAAUGUUAUUCAGUUUCUUUAAAUUUGUUUCUGGCACAUUUACAGUUUUAUGAUUGUUAAUGCCAUCACUUUUCUUUUGUUCCUGCAACGUUUAUUCCAUGUGAUAUAUGUUUGUUUAUAUGCGGCUUAUGUCUGUAUGUAUUUGCUUUUACAUUUGUCUAUGUAUUUAUGUUUCUUACUCGUCUUAUAUUAGAGUAUAAUUUGGCUUCAGGGUCGAAUUGCAAGGGUGGUUUUUCUUUUGGUAAGUUUCAGAAGGGUGAUUUAUGUUUUCUUUUACGGAAUUUUUGUAGGCAUUUACAUCAUUGCAUAUUUUUUUGCUUUGAUUAAGUUCUAUGAUCAAUGAUGGAGCCUUGGAGUUACAAUUUAGAAGGGAAAGGUCUUAUGUUUUCCGACGAAAUAGAUUUACAAGUCGAUGUUCUUGCUACAAGUAAAAAACCAUCGGAAUGGGGCGAUAAAUCCACUUUUAAUUUUGAACGCAAUGGACUUGUUUCUAAUGGUGAAGCGGUUGCGAGAAUGGAAUUGGAAUUCCAUGACUUUGUGAGAAAGCCUUUUCAUGGUAACCAAGGAAUGGAGAUACUAAGUGGCGAGGUUUGCUGUAGUACUAGUAAAAGAGAAGUUUCUCCUCAGUGUAUUUUUGCUUCAAAUUCAUGUUUUGAGGAAGUGGCUUCUGAAGCAAAGCUUUCGAGUUCUGUCCUGGAAGCUAACAGCCUAAAUUCAUCACUGAUUGACUUGAAGCUAGGAAGACUGGCUGAUUGGAAAGAUGUAGAGAAUAGCAAGAUUUUGAAAAUCAAACCGGUUUUGCCUUCUGCACCACCAUCCUUGCUUACAAAGCGAGCACGUAAAGCAAGCUCAUACUCUCAGACUGCCUUCUGCCAAGUCUAUGGUUGUAACAAGGAUUUGAGCUCCUCAAAGGAUUACCACAAAAGGCAUAAAGUUUGUGAUGUUCACUCCAAGACUACAAAAGUAAUAGUUAACGGCAUUGAACAAAGGUUUUGCCAACAGUGUAGCAGGUUUCAUUUGCUGGCUGAAUUUGAUGAUGGCAAGCGAAGUUGUCGUAAACGCCUAGCAGGCCACAAUGAACGUCGAAGGAAACCUCAGUUAGAUACCCUUUCUGGUAAACAUAAGCUGCUUCAAUCAUAUCAAGGCACUGGAUAUCUAGGGACUUCCUUGCCAAAGAGAACACCCUUUGUUUUCCCAGACAUUUUUCAAGCAGGCGUUGUUUAUCCAGGAAAAUCUGUACAAGCUAACGGGUUUAGACAUAUCAAAUUGGAAGGGGAGUCAUUUAACAGUCCUCAAUCAGCAAUGCCUAUCACCAGUCGGCAGUUGCUUUCGAACUCUAUUCUCCAUCUACAUGGCAUUGGGAAACAACAUUGUUUGGGACUGCCUUCAUCAGGAACUGAAGACUAUAAUGUUACUGUUUCCACUGUACAGGAACUGUCAGGGCCCUCAAUCUCCAGUCUUGCUCUCUCUCUUCUGUCAGCUCAAUCAGAAGACUUGUCAAGUCAUUUGAUAGGAAUUCCAAUGGCUGGCCCCCAGAUUAUGCAAGGUGAUUCUGCCCAUCACGGUGAUGUUCAAGUUUCUGAGAAACCCCUAAAGGUAAGCUCUAUGGAGCAGUAUGGACCAAAUGGACUCUAUUCAUAUGGAAUGAACUCCAUAGAAGUUGACAAGCUGGGAUCCAUUAUGUUUUCUGAUGCUAGUCAUGCUGCUGGUUUUCAAGUUCAUACCGAUGGGAUUUUUCAAGAGUCAAAGAUGCUGAAUGCCAAGUAUUGUCCUCCUGAUCAUGGAUCCACAGUUGAUUGGCUCCAAUUGUCAUCACAUCUUCAAAGAGUGGAGCAACAAAAAAACUCCCUUCAAGUAAAGCAGGAAAAUGAGGGCUCGUGCUAUUUUCCAAACUUUAGAGCAGUGUGCAAUCCGCAAGUUUUGUUGGUGCAGGUUAAGGAGAGGCGGUUGAAGACAUUCUGCAUGGAUCAGAAUACUCUACUAAGUACUAACUUCCAUUGAGCUGUUUGAAAGGUUGAUAGAAACCAUAUACACCGUAAGUAGGAACAUUCCUUUUCCCAAAAAGGCAAAUAAGAAAAAGAUUUGUGGACCUUGCUACUGUAAAGUGAUGCAAGUUUGAAUCUGUAAUUAAGUUCCUUUAAGUACCCUUUAUUUCUAUUUUCAACAAAUAUUAUGUCAAUUUAAGUAUUUAGAUAUUAUUGAUGAAACCGUGAGAUAA